AAAAAUAAAAUGGGCCACCCACUUCUCUCACUCGGCAUCAAGAAGCCCUUUUUCUGGAGUUGCCCUCCAAACGAGAGAAUCCCUAAUAAGGCCCUAUUUUCCGCCGCCACUCUCAAUCCUCCCAGGGAAAUUCAUAAUGGCAAGAACACAGCAGAAGAAAUCGCUAUGGACCCCAGAAGAAGACGAUAAGCUCAAAGAAUUUAGGCACAAAUACCCCAAUCUAUCUUGGCCAGCUAUCGCAAAGCAGGCAGAGCUGAACAGGACUGGUAAGAGUUGUUGGGAGAGUUGGGAGAACAAUCUGAAUCCUGAUAUCAACAAAGGGGAAUUCUCCCCACAGGAAGAUGAACUCAUCAUCCCGCUAAAGAGCGCCGGUGUGAGCUGGGCAUCUAUGGCAAAAAAUGAUCUUCGUGGGCGAGCUCCUAAUGCUAUCAAGAACCGGUGGAACAACCACUUAAAGAAGAGGCAUGCGAUUAUAAGUGACCUUAGGCGACACCUCCUCUACCUAGAGGAACACCUCAUGGAUGAUAAGGCUAGUGAUUACUCUGUCCGGGGAGGUGACCUUAAGGCUUUGAUGGCUGAGUUUGCUUCUUUGAUUCCCAACGUUGAUCCAAAUGAGACUAGUGAUCACUCUAUCCGGGGAGAUGACCUUGAGGCUUUGAUGGCCAAGUUUGCUUCUUUGAUUCCCAAUGUUGACCCAAAUGAGAGUAGUGAUCACUCUAUCCGGGAAGAUGACCUUGAGGCUUUGAUGGCCAAGUUUGCUUCUUUGAUUCCCAACGUUGAUGCAAAUGAGACUAGUGAUCACUCUAUCCGGGGAGAUGACCUUGAGGCUUUGAUGGCCAAGUUUGCUUCUUUGAUUCCCAAUGUUGACCCAAAUGAGAGUAGUGAUCACUCUAUCCGGGAAGAUGACCUUGAGGCUUUGAUGGCCAAGUUUGCUUCUUUGAUUCCCAACGUUGAUCCAAAUGAGACUAGUGAUCACUCUAUCCGGGGAGAUGACCUUGAGGCUUUGAUGGCCAAGUUUGCUUCUUUGAUUCCCAACGUUGAUCCAAAUGAGACUAGUGAUCACUCUAUCCGGGGAGAUGACCUUGAGGCUUUGAUGGCCAAGUUUGCUUCUUUGAUUCCCAACGUUGAUCCAAGUGCAAUUAGUUCGAUUCCUGAAUACACCAGCUGAAGAAAUCGCCAAGUUAAAGUGUAAUGAGAGUCCAAAGUACUAUGUCUUUGAGUGUCCUAUAUAUGUAUAUAUAUGUUUGCUGCUAAAUCAAGCAUCAUCUUCACGAUGCAGCAUAUAAUAAAGCUGUGUGUAUUGUAUUAAACUGAUGGUUUUGUACGUUGAUUUCUGAGUAUUGAGCACUGUUCUCAUAUGCUAAUACUAAAUCCCUCUCAUCAUCA